AUGAGCAGCCAAUACCAAGAGGAGAGCUGCUCCGAGAGGCCCGAAUGCAAAAGUAAAUCGCCAACUUUGCUCUCCUCCUAUUGCAUCGACAGCAUCCUGGGCAGGAGAAGCCCUUGCAAGAUGCGGAUGCUAGGAGCACCUCCUAAUCUUCCGCCUCUGGCCAACCGGACGGAGCCGGACAAGGCCGGGCAAGGACCAGGCAAGGGCAGCCCGCCCGGUUUCGAGAUGGGCGAGCUGCAUCUGCCGCCCAAGUUGCGCCGCCUCUAUGGGCCUGGUGGGGGCCGAUUGCUGGCGCGGGCCGAGGCAACCGCCUCGUCGUGGGACUCUCUCAAGAUCAGCCAGGCGCCACAGGUCAGCAUCAGUCGAAGCAAGUCCUACCGGGAGAACGCGCCCUUUGCGCGUACCGCUCGUACCCUCGACGACUUGAGCAGCCGUGGAGAUGGCGGCGGCCCCGACGGUAGGCCAGGCCGAGGGGAGGAAUUGCUGGAGGAGGAGGACGAGGACGAGGACGAGGAAGAAGAGGAAGAGGAGACCGAGGAACUGGAUGAGGAGUUGGACGAGGACGACGAACUGCUAGCCGAGGCCAAAGAUGCCCGACGCAGCUCGGGGUCCGCGGGUGGGACUGGCGUGGGACCUGCGGCGAUAGGAAGCGAGGGUGCCGGCGACUCGCCCAAGGAGGAGCUGCUGCUCCCAGCCGACGAGCUGGCCGACGGCAAGGAUGGUGAGGACAGCGUGUGCCUGUCGGCGGGCAGUGAUUCCGAGGAGGGGUUGCUCAAGAGGAAGCAACGCCGUUAUCGCACCACCUUCACCAGCUACCAGCUGGAGGAGCUCGAGAGGGCCUUCCAGAAGACCCACUACCCAGACGUCUUCACCAGGGAAGAGCUGGCGAUGCGCCUGGAUCUGACUGAAGCCAGAGUGCAGGUCUGGUUCCAGAACCGGAGAGCCAAAUGGCGGAAGAGGGAAAAGGCCGGCGCUCAGAGCCACCCACCCGGCCUGCCUUUCCCUGGCCCGUUGUCGGCAUCUCAUCCGCUCAGUCCCUACCUUGAUGCUAGUCCUUUCCCUCCUCACCACCCAGCUCUCGACUCCGCCUGGACGGCGGCCGCCGCCGCCGCCGCUGCCGCUGCCGCCGCCUUUCCCAGCCUCCCCCCGCCACCUCCGGGCUCUGCAGCCUUGCCCCCCAGCAGCACACCGCUAGGCCUCAGCACUUUCUUGGGAGCGGCUGUAUUUCGGCACCCGGCCUUCAUCAGCCCAGCUUUUGGCAGGCUCUUUUCCACCAUGGCCCCGCUGACUAGCGCUUCCACUGCGGCUGCUCUGCUGCGACAGCCAGCGCCUGCCGUGGACAACGCCGUGCAAUCGAGCGGCCUCUCUGACCCGGCCACCGCGGCAGCGGACCGGCGCGCCUCCAGCAUUGCGGCGCUGCGCCUGAAAGCCAAGGAGCACGCGGCGCAGCUCACGCAGCUCAAUAUCCUCCCCGGGAACAGCGCGGGCAAAGAGGUGUGCUAA